UCAACCCUUCCGAAAAUAAACAGAAAAAGUGAAAAAUAUAAAAGAGCAAAACCCAAAGCAAAACCCGUCAUCCAUUCCUACAGCGGAGAAAAUGCGUCUGCAGCGUUCAAUUUCAGUGCUUAAUUCUUGCAGAACUUCAUUACAUUCGACGAGGAUUAUCUCAAUUUCUGCGAGCAACCUCUCUUUACUAUCACCCUCACCGGCGUAUUUUUCCAGUCUCAGCAGUUAUCGCCAGCUCAAGGCCCAUAAACUCCGAGCCUUCGCCACAAACGCAGCCGCCGCCGCCGCCGACGACGAGAACGCCGACACGUUUUUGGCGGAGGAAAGCGUUUCCUGGGCUUCUCUUGGCGUUUCCGAUUCCAUCUCACGCGCCCUCUGUAAUGCUGGGCUGCCUAGACCGUCUCUAGUCCAGGCUGCCUGUGUUCCGGCCAUUCUUUCUGGAGCUGAUGUGGUGGUUGCAGCAGAGACAGGAAGUGGUAAAACUCAUGGGUACUUAGUUCCUAUAAUUCAUAAAGUAUGCAGCAACUUAGAUGCGUUGCAUGAUCCGAAACCGAAGAAGUGUCAGCAUGUUUCUCUUGUUUUAUGCCCUAAUGUAAUGCUGUGUGAGCAAGUGGUUCGCAUGGCAAAUUCCCUCCUUGACGGUGCCGGGGAGCCGCUACUCAAAGCAGCUGCCAUUUGUGGCCGUCAGGGGUUGUCAGUUAAAGAUCCCGAUAUAAUAGUAUCGACGCCAGUUGCACUUCUGAACUAUUUGUAUGCCAUUGACCCUGAAAAACGCAAAUGUACUGAUUUUAUACGUGGCGUAAAAUAUGUGGUAUUUGAUGAAGCAGACUUGCUGCUCUGUGGGAGUUUCCAGAACCAAGUGAUUCGUCUCAUAAAUAUGCUUCGUUUUGAUGAGAAGCAGCUAUCUAGAUUGAAAGACGCAGAUGCUGGGGCUCAGGAUCCUUCGUCUGUUUCUGCAAAUGCUUCUGAUACAGAAGAAGAUUUUCCAGAAGAUUUCAACUUGGAGGAAGCUGAAGAUAAUGAUGAGAAAUGCAUUGACGAGUCUAACACUGAGCCCAGGAAAAGAACCUGGAAAGACUGGAUGAGAGUGAGGAAAAUAUAUGCACGAAGUAAGCAGUACAUUUUUGUGGCAGCCACCCUUCCUCUGAAUGGUAAGAGAACUGCUGGAGGAACAUUGAAACGGAUGUUUCCGGAUGCAAACUGGGUUAGUGGGAGUUAUCUGCAUCACCAUAAUCCAAGGUUGGAGCAAAAAUGGAUUGAAGUGUCGACAGAUACACAGGUAGAUGCGCUGAUUAAUGCUGUCAAAACCGGAUAUAAAACCAAUAAAGAUUCUGCUGCUGGAGUAGUUUGGACCAUGGUGUUCGCCAACACUGUUGAAGCUGCUGAAGCUGUUGCUAAUAUUUUGGUGGGAGCUGGAAUUAGGUGUGUACGGUAUCAUAGAGACAUCUCUCUGGAAGAGAGGACGGAGAAUCUGGUUGAUUUCCAGCAGAAUGGUGGUGUUUUUGUAUGCACUGAUGCUGCUGCUCGUGGACUUGACGUACCAAAUGUUUCGCAUGUUAUUCAGGCGGAGUUUGCUAGUUCUGCUGUAGACUUUUUGCACAGAGUUGGACGAACAGCCAGAGCUGGUCAGCCUGGCCUUGUCACAAGUCUUUUUACAGAAUCAAAUCGAGAGCUUGUUGCUGCAGUACGUCAGGCUGAGGAACUCAGUUUGCCUGUGGAGAAGGCGUUUAGUCGUAAGAGAAGUUUCCGGAACAAAAUUAAGAAGAGAGGUUUAGGACAGCGAGAUGGUGCAGCAUCAGAGUCGCGGCCAAUUCCAGCAUAGGCUACUUGGUGCCUAGAGAAUCUCUACAAACCCAUCUCCCAGUUUCGGACAUUGGUGUCUUGAAAAGAUUGUGAAGCAAUGCCUUGGGUUGUCGGAGAGGCCUAAGUCAAAAAAUGGGCGCCAUCUCACCAUUCGUAAGUUUGUAAUGUGAGAGAAGGAGGGUGAUGCGAGUUUGGAAUGUUACAGCGGCGCGUGUUCAUGAGCCAUCACGGUGGAUCAGAACGCUCCUCGUAGUUCAGAUAUUGUUCUUCUCACUAAUGUGUAUGAUAGCAUUUCAAGAUUCUCGAGCAUUUCAAAAAUCAUCUGAUAAUUUACUUGCGAAAAUUCUAUUAUUGUUGAUCUUGUUGGAAAAGUGCAGACAAAUUUAUAAGUCACUUUUGAUACCCCUUAAAACAUCUAAGACCCUCUCUAUUAUUAAUAAUCAAAUGAAGCACGUAAACUCAUUAUUUUGGCA